AUGAGUACCCAGGAGGUAGAGCAAUUACGGACCGAGGGAAAUGCGUACUUUCAGGCUGGUAAGUAUCAGCGUGCCGUGGAGCUGUACACGCAGGCGAUUGAGAUCUCAAAGACAACAACCCUCCUCUGUAACCGCGCCUUUGCGUAUCUGAAGCUAGAACUCCCCGGUGCAGCUCUAUCCGACGCGGAUGAGGCAAUUCAGUUGGAGCCGGGCCUUCCCAAAGCCCACUACCGCAAGGCCUCAGCGCAUCUUUUCCUGGGCAAAUACAAAGAAGCCCUUAAGGAUUUAAAAUUAGUGCUCCAGUUGGUACCCACGGACAAGGAUGCCAAGAUGAAGUACGAUUUGUGUGAAAAGGAAAUAAAGCGGAUACGUUUUGAGAACGCUAUUAAAUCUAAAGAUUCUUUGCCCAUCUCGAGCACGAUUAAGCUGGGGGUGAUUCCUGAAAGCUAUACCGGGCCGAGGAUCGAGAACGACACGAUCACCGUAGAGUUCGCGGAGGCCGCGAAGGAAUAUUUUAGGGCGCAAAACAACAUUCAUCGCCGCGAUGUGGUCUUUAUUCUUCUUGAGCUUCUUAACUUUUUCAAGACGCAGCCCAACGUCGUUUCGAUUAGCAUACCCGAUGGGGAGGAGAUCACGGUCUGUGGGGAUACCCACGGUCAGUUCUAUGACCUGCUCAACAUCUUCGCAAUCAAUGGGAACCCUUCGUGCACGAAUCGCUACCUUUUUAACGGCGAUUUCGUCGACCGCGGCUCGUACUCCGUUGAGAAUGUGAUGACGCUGUUUAUUUACAAGCUGCUCUACCCGGAGCACGUCUUUCUCGCCCGCGGGAAUCACGAGGGCGUAGGGAUGAACCGCGUCUACGGUUUCGAAGGGGAGGUGCGCGCGAAGUACUCGCCCGAGGUGUUCGACUUGUUUACAGAGGUAUUUAACGCGCUUCCUAUUGGGCACAUCAUCAAUAAUGAGGUGUUUGUAGUCCAUGGCGGUUUGUACUCCGACGACAACGUCACGAUCGAGGAUUUACAGAAACCAAACCGCUUCCGAGACAUCCCGGAGAACGGGUUGUUGUGUGAGAGUUUAUGGGCGGAUCCGCAGCCGAUGCCCGGGCGGACGCCGAGCAAACGCGGCGUCGAUUGCCCCUCCUUCGGUCCAGACGUUACGGAGAGGUUCCUCGCGCAUAACCACCUCAAGCUCUUGGUGCGCUCGCAUGAGGUGAAGGAUGAGGGGUAUGUGGUGGAGCAUAAUGGCAAGUGUAUCACGGUGUUUAGCGCGCCCAACUACUGCGAUCAAAUGGGGAAUAAGGGCGCCUUCGUGCGGUUUAAGGCGGGUGAAAUGGUGCCGAAGUUUACGACGUUUACCCACGUCCAACAUCCGGGGGUGCGUGCGAUGCGGUAUUCAUCGGGUUUGGGGCUUUUUUAA